CUCUUCCAGGGACAUUGUGUGCAGGCACUCAGAAUGGUCCAGCGUUUGACAUACCGACGUAGGCUUUCCUACAAUACUGCCUCUAACAAAACUAGGCUGUCCCGGACCCCUGGUAAUAGAAUUGUUUACCUUUAUAUCAAGAAGGUUGGGAAAGCACCAAAAUCAGCAUGUGGUGUGUGCCCAGGAAGGCUUCGAGGGGUUCGUGCUGUAAGACCUAAAGUUCUUAUGAGAUUGUCCAAAACAAAGAAACAUGUCAGCAGGGCCCAUGGUGGUUCCAUGUGUGCUAAAUGUGUUCGUGACAGGAUCAAGCGUGCUUUUCUUAUCAAGGAGCAGAAAAUCGUUGUGAAAGUGUUGAAGGCGCAAGCACAGAGUCAGAAAGCUAAAUAAAAAAUGAAACUUUGAGUAAUAAAAAUGAAAAAAAAAAAACACA